UACUUUGAUACUUUCAUUUCCCAGUUUGCUUCGCUGGUACCAGUCGUCGUACUCUUUUAUGUCGCGCUGCGGAUCGCGAUAGCAGUCGUUCUUUGGUUUCUAUACAUUUUUUUUUUCAAAUUUUUUUUGUUAUUUAUUUAUCGUAUAAGUAAACACUUUUUUUGUUUGUUAAACUAUUUGAUUUUGUCGCAGCCGAACGAACACUACGGCGUAUGUAUAUAGAUUUUGUACUUCAGUUCAACGCUCGUUUAGGUCGGUCAUUAACGUACGCGCUAAAAAGUUAAAAUUCUCGCUUGUUACGGGGCAGCAACUACGGACUACGGAAGUCAAUUUUAUUGGUAUUCGCAAUCGGUGUCGGUUAUCACUGUUCAAUAAUAACAAUAAUAAUAAUAGUAAUAAUAAAUAAAUAAUAAUAAUAGUAAUUAGUGUAAUAUUAACAAGUAACUAUUGCCGUUCGUCCGUUAUUCGCGCACAGGAAACAAAUAACGAUAUCGUCUUGUACACCAACAGGAGACAACUGUUUUGUUCCUGAUUAUCUGCAUUUUUACGGGUCUACAGUCAGCUUUAGCUGUCCCUUUCGUCGUGUUUGUUGUUCGUGUGUUCCUUACAUGCCCGAUAUUGCAGCUUGAAAAAAAAAAAGGCGUCCAGAUAUUUGGUCGUUUUUUCGUUACGAAGGCUUUCGUCGUCGACAUGUCUGAAAUGGUCAACGACAAUGACAAGUUAUCGAAAUCACUGGUGGAUGGCAGUAAUGAAGGUAUAACAACAAAUGAAAUGGAAAAUGAAACAGCCAUUGAAGACAAAGUUAAAGUAGUAAGAUUUAAACAGCCAAAACAAAGCUAUACCAAAGCCGCUUUGCUAGAAUUACAAAACUUGAGCAGUUCUAAACUGCGUCCAAAAUUUUUAGACAACUUUCCUGACUUAGAUAUAGAACUUGCUGGAAAAACUCGAAAAGGAAGUAGACCUGUUGCCAGUGGAAAACCAACUACUACUACUAAGACAGUAGCAUUUGAUUUACCACCUUGGCAAAACCAACCAAUAGAAAAUGGUGAACCUAAAACUGAGAAAAAACCACAGGAUGCAAAAGAUCGUUUAAAAAAGGAUCAAGAUAUUGUUUUGAGUCCUCAAAGGCGUAGUUUCAAUUCAGGAUGUUUUGUUACUAUGAAUGCUUCUAGUGGACCAAAACGAUCAAAUAGUCCUUUAAAUACAUCUGCUAAACAAUAUGUUGAAAGAGAGCCUAUUCGAGAACCUCGUCGAGUUGGUAGUGGUCGAUUAAUGAGUCGAGAUUCUUGGGAUUCUGGUUUUCGUCAGUCAGAAAAUGGAAUCACAAAUAAUUAUAACUUUGGUAAAGGAAGCGGCUUUCGUGAAUCUUCAUCUCAUAACUCAAUUGAACCUCGUAGAAAAGAUUUUGAGUUUGAUAGAGGAGAAACAGAUCGUUAUAGAAAUUAUGAUCGCUUCAAAGGCUCUAGUAAUUAUGAUAGGCGCCGAAAUGAUUCUUAUCGUACACAAGAAGAACCGGAAUGGAUGACAGAUGGUCCAACUUCUCAACAUGAUACUAUUGAGUUACGAGGUUUUGAAGAUCCACCUGUUGACAAAACUAAAAAGAAAAAAACUAAACCUGCUCCCCGUACUAAGAAAAAUUCAAUUGACUCUACAUCCACGGAAUCAGCAGCUGCUAUUAAAGGAGCUAAUGAGACUAAAAUAAAGAAAACUAAAAAGGAAAAAGAUGAAGAUAAAAAAAAAAAGCCUACAGUUGAAAAACCCAAUAAUGAAGACCAAACUAAAAAAGAUUCUGAAUCAAUAACUGGAAAUGAGUUUAUUCAAGCUUAUGAUGCUGAGCAUAAAACAAAUGACAGUGUAUUCAAUGAUUUCAAUAUUGAUGAUUUCUUAAAGCCAGAUUACUUAAGUGAUAUAAUGCAUAUUGAAGGGGAAACGGAUGGAAAUGUAGCUGGUUCACGAUUCCGCCAAUGGUUUACUACACAUGAUAGUAGCCGUGCUUCAUCUGCUUCUACUGAAAUGUUAAAUUCUGCAACUAAUAAAAGCGUAACAGAUAAUGCAGAAGAAGAUCCUAGACAGUUAUCAUCAAUGCUAAUGGGAAUGGUUAAAAAUAAUAGUCAAAAUGAAUCAAAAAAUUUAACAAAUGCAUAUGAUUCUAUCACGUCAAGUGAAAAUAAUAAACUUCCUCCAGCUAUCAUGGAUGUUAUUAAAGCCAGUGCACCUCAGUUGACUGACCCUAAAGCUGCCAUACGUGAUUUAGAGGUUAAUGGUAAAGUUCAAAGUCUUGAAGAAAUUGAAUCUAGAUUACGUAUGUCUAGUGGACAACAAAAUGGUUAUUCACCACCACAUAACAAUAUUCAAUUCCAUGAAGAAAUGAAAUUAAAAAAACUACAAAACAUGAAGAUGUCUCAAAAUGAGCAUGAAAACUCUAACAACGAUGGACAUGUAACAAACAGCUCUCAAAACUAUUCCAUACUGCAGAUGCUGAAUAAUGCUCAAGGACCACCAAACUAUAUGGCAAACCAAGUACAAAACCCUACUGUAGGUCCUUAUGGUCAUUCAAAUAAUUAUCGUGGUCAACAACCAAAUAUGCAAGUUCCUAAUGAUCUCGUUAUGAAGCUCAUGGAAGCACAACAAAUUCAAAAGCAACAUGAAAAUAUGGUAGCAAAAGCAAUGGCUGCUCAACAACAACAACAACAACAACAGUCUAAGCAACAUAUGUUCAAACUUCCUGCAGAACUUCAAAAUAUGGUCAACUUUUACACACCAACCAAAGAUAUAUUGCAAAGCCGAGAAGCUCAAGAAAUGCUUAUGGGAAUUAAACGUGGUGAAGUAAUGCUACAUCAUUUAGUAGAGCAAUGGAAAAAGACUAGUACUAAUCAGUCUCGUUAUCGUGAAACUCUUAUUUGUCUUAUGAAAGUAUUUCAACAUUCAAACAAUGCCCAACGAAUGGCUAAUCAACAACAGGAUUUAGUUUACCAACAACAGCAAGCUGCAUUAUACCAAAGCCAAAUGCUUAAAAGACAAUUACUUGACCAAACCCAUAAAAGGAUGGAAAAUGUUCAUAAUGCAUCAUAUGGAGGAGAAGGCACUAUGGAUUUAGGCUCAUCUCAGUCACAAUCUCAACCAAGAAUUGGUCUUACUCCAACAUCUGUUUUACGUAAGAUGACUUCGACCUCAGAACCUUUGGUAGACAAACACCAUAUACCUGAUGAAAGAUCUGUUACCCAGCAUGCGCUUCAGCAUCAAAUAAACACUCUGCAACAACAAAUGCAACAACAACAGUUUAUGCAACAGCAGCAACAGCAGCAGCAACAACAGCGGCCAGUCAAUACAACUAUUCAGCAAAUACUGAGUGGUAACUAUCCUAGAUACCAUGGAGCACAACAACCACAGCAGCAGCAGCAGCAGCAAUUGAACAAUAUGAAUGGUCGCAGUAUAAAUUAUGGCUCUGGGGAUAAAUCGCGCAUGAACCGGGUACAAUCUCCUGUUAGCAAUCAACUUGCACGUUGGUUUUCUCCAGAACUGUUAGCACAAGCUCGUGCUGGCCGUUUACCAAACAUGCCUGCUAUGUCACAGAAUGUAAACAUGCUCAGUGUCGAGGAUAUCGAAAAGUUCCAGGUUGGUGGUCGUUCUUAAUUAGUGAAAAUUGUGGCACUUUACAAUUUUUGUGUAAAAAUCAUAAAAAACCAAGAAAAAAAAAUAAACAAGUUGUUAUUCCUUUUAAAUAUUUAUAGGGCCC